AUGUUAUUUCUUCGAAUUGUACUCUAUUUUAUAUUCUUAUUUUUGCCUGUUGUUAUUCCAAUCCAAAUAAAUCUUCAUCUGACAAAAUGGAUAAAUGAAAAUGAUGAUAUACUACAACAUGAUUGUCUUCAUGUUGCUGUAUCGACUGAAUUUGAAAAUGAUCCUUAUCAAAUGAUCUUAUAUUGUAUGAGUGAAUGGCCAUCGAAAUGGAAUAUACAAAUGAAUAAUUUUGAUAAAAAUUUUACUUUUGCUGACCUGUCUAACCUUAAUGUUACUAGUCAACAAUUAUAUAUGUGGUCAGCACCGAUGGAUAUUGUUGAAGAUUAUCAAUUCUAUUUGAAUCAACUAGAAAAUUCAAAUGAAACAUCUUUGUCAAUGCAGGUGUACUAUAAUUGUACAUUGCCAAGAUUUGGUCCUAUGUGUCAAUAUUCAUUAGAUAUGCAUCAACCUAAACACGAAUCAUUGAAUGAGAUUCUCUCUGAUUAUUAUAAUUCUUACUCACAUAAUCAGUUUCUACCUACAUGUUACACUUAUGUACAAUGCAAUUUUGGUAUAUUUUCAUUAUGCGUUGAUUGGAGUGAUAUUUGUAAUAAUAUUAUUCAAUGUAUUAAUGGAACCGAUGAAGAACAUUGCUCGCAGCUGGAAGUCAAUGAAUGUAAAGAUGAUGAAUAUAGAUGUACAAAUGGUCAAUGCGUACCCGCUAUAUUUUACAACGAUGAUGCUUAUGCUCCAGAUUGCCUUGAUAGAUCUGACGAAUAUAUUAUCUCUUCAUAUGGGUUUCUCAAAGUCUCGACGGAACCAAAAUUUUCAAACGAUGAUCUUGCCUGUCGAGAAUCUGAUAUGUCCGAUACUUUAAGUCUUACAACUUCGUGUUCGAUUGAAAAUCACUUGAAAUAUUGGCAAGAAUUGAUGUUUUCAUAUACACCAAACUCAAUGACUGAUAUUUGCUGGUCAACAUUGAAAUGUUAUCUCAAAAUCCCAAGCGCUUCUGAUCCAGAGUGCUCUGAAAUAUGUCAAAAUGAUACAUAUCAAGAUAUAAUUGAAGAAAACUGUCCAGACAUGUUUUUCAUGCCACCUACUCCUGUCAUAUACGGUCAUAUUUAUUUUGCUUACACAAAAGAAUACAUUGUCGAACAGAAAAUAUGGACAAAUGAACCCGAAUAUAUAUGCUAUGAUCCACAACUUUGUGGUGGUUUCGUCACAAGUGGAACACCGUUACCUUUUAACAAUACUAUUUGUCUUCAUCCUAAAGAUUUUCCAUUAAGUACUGAUUCUUUGAUACAAGAUUUGAUUACCAACGCCUUUUACGCAUCUGUACAUGUUGAAUUAUAUAAAUGUAAUACAAUUUUUCGAAAUGAUUCUACAUUUUGUGAUAAAUCAACUAUGUAUAAAUGUAUUAAUUCAUCGAAAUGCAUAUCGAACUAUCGUCUUUUAGAUGGUAUAAAUGAUUGUGAUUAUGAAGAUGAUGAACAAUGGUUGACGUUCAAUAAUCUUUCUUCUAUAAAGAAAUCGCAAACGCAUUUCUACUGUUCUGAAACAAAGACGUACAUGUCUCGAAAGUUGAUUGGAGAUGGUUUUUGUCACUGCGCUGUUGAAUUCUACCAGAUGUGCGAAGAUGAAUUUUUAUUUAUCAAGCAUGUUAGAGAACAUAUAUCAUUUCCAUCAAUUUGUAAUGGUAUUAUGGAUUUGAAACCCUUGGAUAUAAGUGGACGAAAUGAAACAGACGAAACAGAAUGUGAACAAUGGUCUUGUGAUAAUAGUUAUACUCGUUGUAACGGAUUAUGGAAUUGUUUUGAUGGAGCUGAUGAAGUUGAUUGUUAUCCAACAUCAUUAAUAAACUGUCCACCACAGAAUCAUGUAUGUUUUUCAUCUGAAACAAUGGAAUUAAUAUGUCUCGCUAAAGAUAAAGGAAAUAAUGGUCAUAUCGAUUGUUUGGGUGCUACGGAUGAACCACAAUUAUGUAAAGAUCUUUAUCCAAUCAAUGAAGCUGGAUUUUAUUGUAUGAUUGAUGACAAAGGACAUUGUGCUUCUCGUUAUAGUAUUUGUAGUGAAGUAAAAGUCUGUGAUAACAAAGGAAUUGAGAUGUUUUGUAACCGUACCGAAUUCUUCGAUUUUGCUCGUGUCGAUGAAAUCUGUAGCGAAAACCAUAGACCGAAUCUAUCUGAUAUGGAACAACUUUUAUGUAAUCUUUUUAUACUUCGUGCUCAGCCAAAAAUUAUGCACUUCUCUCUAAAUCAAAUGACAAAAUCAAGUAACUCAGUAACAAAAGACAAUGUCAAGAUGGUAUCUAUCUCUCAAAUGGCUUUUGAAUCAAUGGUACGCUGUCAUCGAGGUCUCGAUUUACGAGUUUGGUCAGACAUUGAUGAAAAUUUAACCAAUCGUACAUGUCUUUGUCCACCAAGUUAUUAUGGUGAUACGUGUCAGUAUCAAAAUCAACGUGUUAGUCUUACAAUAAAAUUUCAAGCAUCUUAUGAUUCUUGGCGAAUACCAUUUAUUAUUAUUGUCUCACUUAUUGAUAAUAGUGAUCAACGAAUAAUUCAUUCCUAUGAACAAAUAACUUAUAUUCCAAUGAAAAAUUGCCAAACAAAAUUUAAUAUGUAUUUACUUUAUUCAACUCGACCAAAAAAUCAAUCAGAACAAUAUUCGAUUCAUAUUGAUGUUUAUGAAAAAUUAUCAUUAUCUUAUCGAGGAAGUUUAUUAGUAGCAGUACCUUUUAACUUUUUACCUAUUCAACGUAUUGCUGUUUUACUAAAUAUUCCAUAUAUAACUGAUAAUACUAAAAGUUAUUCAAAUAAAAAAUGUAUUCAUGGUGAAUGUAUUAAAUAUUUUAAUGAUCCAAAUAAUACAACAUUUUGUCAAUGUGAUGAAGGUUGGCAUGGAAGAGAUUGUUCAAUACCUCAUAUCUGUCAAUGUUCAUCGGGUUCAAUAUGUAUUGGUAUUUCAUCAAAUAAUCGUUCGAUUUGUAUUUGUCCAAUAAAUAGAUGGGGUCCUCGAUGUUUAUUUCAUGAUGAUAUAUGUCAACAAGAAAAUACUAAAUGUCAAAAUGGUGGUCAAUGCAUAUCUCUGAGAUCUACGAAAAAUUUCGAAUGUAUCUGUCCAAAAGAAUUUUUUGGAGACAAAUGUGAAAUCGUAUCAAAUAAAAUAAGUUUAUCAUUUGAUAAGGAUUUACGUUUACCUGAAACUAUGUUAAUUCAUUUUAUUGAAGUAAAACAAAAUAAUGCUCCACCUGAAAUAGGAGUUACAUUUAAGAAGGUUUCCAUUAAACGAAAACCAGUGAUUAUAUUUUGGCCACGUAUAUUUCAUAUUAUUUUUGUUGAAUUAUUUCCUAAGAAUUAUUAUUUAACUUUUCUUGAAAGCAAUUAUAAUCAAUCAGCGAUAAUUGAAAAACAACUAAAAUCAUCUGAUCGUUGUCCAUAUAUUGGUGAAAUAUUUAAUGAUACAUUUACUAAACUUCAUCUUAUUCGUCGUAUUAAAUAUUUUCAUGUCCCAUGCAGCAACUUACAAUUAUCAUGUUUUUAUGAUGAUGCUUAUUUAUGUUUAUGCAUGAAUUUUGGUAACCAACGUAUGGCUAAUUGUAUUGAAUUUAAUCAUACAUUAAAACAUGAUUGUUCAGAAAAAAAUAUUUGUAAAAAUAGUGGUCAAUGUCUGCAAGAUAGUACUAAUUGUCCACAAACAGUUAUGUGUAUUUGUCCAACAUGUUUCUAUGGAGAACAAUGCCAAUUCUCUACAAAUGGAUAUGGCCUUUCACUUGAUGCUAUUUUAGGUAAUCAUAUUCAACAAUAUGCCAAUAUUAAAGAUCAAACAAUUAUCGUUCACAUAAGUUUAAUAUUAACAGUUCUUAUGACUUUCACAGGUCUAAUGGAUGGAAUUUGUUCGUUAAUUACAUUUAAACAUAAAGAUAUAAGAAAAACUGGUUGUGGAAUUUAUCUUUUAAGUUCAUCAAUUACAACAUUAUUUACUAUGAUAUUAUUUUUUACCAAAUUCCAUAUAUUAUUGAUUUCACAAAUGAUAUUUCUAACAAAUCAUUCAUUCUUACAAUUUCAAUGUUAUACUAUUGAUUUUCUCUUACGAAUUGCUCUUAAUAUGGAUCAAUGGUUAAAUGCUUGUGUAGCAUAUGAACGAACUAUUAUUGUAAUCAAAGAACACAAUUUUGAUAAAAAAAAAAGUAUAAAAAGGGCGAAAUUUAUCAUCAUAAUUCUUCUUCUAUUGGUUAUUAGUACAAAUAUUAUAGAUCCGAUUCAUCGAAAUUUAAUUCAUACAGAUGUUAAUGAUGAAAAACGAAUCUGGUGUAUUAUUACUUAUUCAUCAAUUGCUGAAAAAUUUAAUAUUAUAUUAAAUAGUUUUCAUUGUUGUGUUCCAUUUAUAAUAAAUAUAAUCUCAACAAUUGUUAUUAUAUUAAAAACGGCUCGUCGUCGAUCAACUCUACAAAAGGAUCUACCUUAUAAACAACAUAUUAUUGAACAAUUGAAACAAUUUAAACGUUUAUUUAUUUCUUCAUUUCUUUUAUUUAUUCUCGCUUUACCACGUUUAAUCAUUAUGUUUGCUGCAGGUUGUAUGAAGACAAAUGCUGAUUCUUGGUUAUUUCUUAUCGGAUAUUUUCUCUCAUUUGUUCCACCUAUGCUUACUUUUACUAUAUUUGUUUUACCAUCCGUAGAAUACAAACAAAAAUUUCGCACCACAAUUACCGCUUAUCGAAAUACAAUUCGAACACGUUUACAACUCAUUAUUUAA